AUGAUAAAAAAAUAGAGUUUAUCUUCAAAGCCUCUAUCUUAUAUCCAAUUAUAUGACAAUGGGAGAAAUUCUUAUUGUAAGAUUCACUGUAUGAAAUAUGAAUAAUUUGAGUAUAGAAAUGGGAGGUGCUAUAUAUGCUGCUAUCAAAAAGAAUGCAAUUAAAAUAAUGAACCAUUAAGUAAUACUGAAAUUGUCAUGCUCUUACAUUAAAUUUUGGUGUAAUCGAUUUCAAACUAAUUUAAGUAGUAAUAAAAGUAAAGGAUACCUACUCUUAGAGAAGAUGUAAACAAAGCAAUUUAGCUGUAUUGUGAUAGGGCUAUUAAAAUUAUUGAUAAAAAUUGUGAAAAGUAAGAUCAAUUAAAUGAAAAAAUUAAAUAUAUUUUGAAAAAUCUCUAAAAUGAAAAUAUCCAUUAAUAAGCAUAUGAGAUUUUGAAAUUCUAAGAAUUGGAUUGUGUUAAUGUUAAAUUAGGAGUCAUUGCUACACUAACUAAAGAAUUUUAUAGAAUUCUAACCAAAUGUGAAAUACUUUAAAUUGCAUUAAUUCCAUAAUUUAAUAUGAUUAAUUUAUUUGCAACAAUGAAUACAGUGUUCUAAACAACUAAAUUUAAGUCUGAAAAAUGA